AUGGCCGCAUACGUAGGACCCUUGAAGGAGGAACUGGAGGCGGCUGACAAAGAUAAGAACGUUCAGGGGUGGCCCAAGUGGGGCAUGCCUGUCACGGACGGGGAGUCGCUUAUGGCUCAGCGCGCCAACAUCAUUUCCAAAUUGUCUGAUCUUGGCGCAGAGGAGGGGCAGUUUUUGCAUCGCACGCUGGCGCGCCCUCGGUACGGUGCCGAGGAGGAAACGCGUAUAGAUCUUGCAGUCGACGAGGACGGACUUGUCCGUGCAGGGCAGGACAGCAUUGCCGGCCGCGGCAUCUCGGUGCAUUACGCGUCGCUCGUGAAAGAAGGCGACGUGAAGGACGCCUUGGUCCGCAAACACGCCCUCCUCAUCAAGCAGUCGGUGUUCGAGCAGGUCAAGCUGCAGAAGGUCAAGGGGAACAAGCAGACGGAGAGGGUGGCGAGGCACGAUGCGAUGGUGAAGAAGAACGUGGUCGACUACCUCAAAGAGGUAGACGCGGCGUUCGGUGACCGGGGCACCCGCCAGUUUUGGCUCGGCAUCUGCUGCGUCCGGCCGAUCCCCACUGGCUCCCCGCCUCUGCUGUCCUGCUGCCAGUGUGCGCCGACUGAGCGGCGUGAGGGCGACUGCUUCACGGUCAAGCCCGAUCCCGUGAACAAGGGUGGUGCGUAUGAUGACGUGCCAGGUGCGUGGGAGCACCACCUCGUGACGCCUGUCCACAACAUGAGCCAGCUGACCACGGACCUGUUUGGCUUUGCGUACGGGCCGAAUGACGACAAUUCUGGCUGGGAGCCGUGCCUGUACGGCGCCCUCGCCCUCCAAGCCGGUGCUGGGGCUCCCGUGUUCAAGAUGUAUCGCCCACCAAAGGCCCCCCAGGUCCUUGUCGACGCUCACUACGUUCUCCGCGAGUACUUUGAGUUUCUUGUGCGCAACGAUGAGAACGACGUGGCGUUCCUCGUCCUGGACGAGCUCGAGCGCCUUGAAGGCCAGGAGUGGGAUGAGUCGCGUGGCGAGCCAUGCCUCCCUCCGAGCGCUGUGGUCUUGCUGGAGCAGGGCGUCGUGUUUGGGUGCUUCGACCCGAUGCGCACGGACGUUGAAGCGUUGCGCAUGCUGGCUUUCCGCUCCGCGCCCGGCGUUCUCCUUUACUCGUCCGCACCUCUCGUUUCCCCCCGGGCGCGGCGCUGCCACCCGUCGCACGAGGAGAUGCGCGCGGCCGUGUGCCGGGCGCUGGAGGCUGUUGACCCUGAUGAGUGGUCGGAGGGUGCUGCCGCCGCCGCCGAGGUGCUGCGGUCGUCGCCAUCUGUCUCAUUUGCCGCUGCUGCGGCGUCGACGCUGGUCACUGUGGCCGGCCUCGGCGACGCGCGCGAAUUCAUCGUCUCUGCUCUGGAGGAUGACGAACGCCUCGCUCGCCUCGUCCUCAACGCUGUUGCCGACACGUGCGCAUCCGAGGCGAAGGCCACGCCACGGUCACUUGGUGCAGUUGUCCCUUACGUGCCUCCUAUGGCAGAGCUCGAGCACGACGCCCUCCUGGUCAACAUCGUGCCUGUGACUUGCGCUGCUGCGCCCGAGUGGGCGGACCGGUACGACACGUUUGUUCCUGAUUUUUACCACGUCAUGCGCCCUGUCCAGCGGCGCGCCGGAGCCGCCCUCCAGGUUCUCUACGUCGACAACCACCGUCUCGCCGUGGGGGAAACGCUUCUGCUCCGAACCGCUAUCGAUGCUGACGAGAGGACACAGUACCUCGACGCCCUCGCGUCGAUCCCUCUCUUCCGCUGGACACGGUCUCAUUCUGCCGUCGGCGUCCGGCCGGGCAACGAUCUCGGCGAUCAGUUCUUCCUCCUUUUCUCCGACUCGGCGGCGCUUCUCGACAUCGCGACGUCCGCUGCCCGCCGCAAGUUCUCGUCCGCGCUUGCUCCCACUUUGGCCCGGUACCGGCUGAGGCUCGACUCCUCCCACGAGGAGGUGAAGGUUGAUUGA